UACGUGUAAAUACUGCGACUCGACGACGCAUGAACGUUCUCAAUUGUUAGCAAAACACUCCCGAAAGCUGAAGCAAAACAUUUGUGUCUUCGUAACUGUUGCACCAUACACAUCUCGUUUGGAGCAGUUCUUGGGACUUAGUGGUUGAGGAUAAGCCAGGAAGAUGUCUCUGGCCGAUGAGCUGCUUGCAGACUUGGAGGAGGCCGGGGAUGAAGGAGAGGAUGAACUGUACCCGGGAGAAGAAGAGGGGGGCAGUGAUGGAGAGCUGGGCGAGAGGGAGGCAGCAGGGGGGCUUGAAGAUAUCCCCGAGGAGAUGGAGUUGGAUUACAGUGGAGCCGAAAGCGUAACUUCCAUUGCAAAGUUGCGUCACAGUAAGCCGUUUUCAGAGAUCAUGGAGAAAAUAGCAGUAUAUGUUGGCAAACAGCGGAAAAAUUCAGAAGUAUCAGGACCUGUUGAAUCAGACCCAGAGUACAGGCUGAUUGUAGCUGCCAACAAUCUGACAGUGGAAAUUGACAAUGAACUGAAUAUCAUUCAUAAAUUUGUGCGAGACAAGUAUUCCAAAAGAUUCCCUGAGCUUGAAUCUCUGGUACCGAAUUCCCUGGACUAUAUCAGGACUGUGAAGGAACUGGGCAACAGUCUGGAGAAGUGCAAGAACAACGAGACGCUGCAGCAGAUCCUCACCAAUGCCACCAUCAUGGUGGUCAGUGUCACGGCCUCCACCACCCAGGGGACCAUGCUGGGAGACGACGAGCUGCUCCGAUUGGAGGAGGCCUGCGACAUGGCCCUGGAGCUCAACCAAUCCAAGCACAGGAUCUACGAGUACGUGGAGUCCAGGAUGUCGUUCAUCGCCCCUAAUCUCUCCAUCAUAGUGGGGGCGUCGACGGCGGCUAAAAUUAUGGGUGUUGCAGGUGGUCUGACUAACCUGUCCAAGAUGCCUGCGUGCAACCUGAUGCUGUUGGGGGCCCAGAGGAGGACUCUGUCCGGCUUCAGCAGCACCUCCCUGCUGCCCCACACCGGGUACAUCUACCACUGUGACGUGGUGCAGUCCCUCCCACCAGACCUCAGGAGGAAGGCAGCUCGCCUGGUGUCGGCCAAGUGCACCCUCGCCGCCCGCGUGGACAGCUUCCAUGAGAGUGCAGUUGGGAAGGUUGGCUAUGACCUGAAGGAGGAGAUUGAGAGGAAGUUUGAUAAAUGGCAGGAGCCUCCUCCAGUCAAAACGGUGAAGCCACUCCCUGCACCGCUGGACGGACAGAGGAAGAAGAGAGGAGGGAGGAGGUAUCGUAAGAUGAAGGAGCGUUUGGGCUUGACCGAGAUCAGAAAGAACGCCAACAGAAUGACGUUUGGCGAGAUUGAGGACGAUGCGUACCAGGAGGAUCUGGGCUUUAGUCUGGGUCAGCUGGGCAAGUCUGGCAGCGGCAGGGUGAGGGCAGCACAGGUCAACGACGCCACCAAGGCCAGGAUCUCCAAAUCCCUACAGAGAACCCUUCAGAAGCAGAGCAUGGUUUACGGAGGCAAGUCAACAGUCCGGGACCGCUCCUCAGGAACCAGCUCCAGUGUGGCUUUUACGCCCUUACAGGGUUUGGAGAUUGUGAACCCUCAGGCUGCAGAGAAGAAGGUGGCCGAGGCCAACCAGAAGUAUUUCUCCAACAUGGCCGAGUUUCUCAAAGUCAAGAAGGAAGGGGAAGGCAAGAUGUGAGAGAGGGAUGUACAGUCCUGUUGUAUUCUUUACACAUACAUGAGUAUACCCUUACACACAACAGUGACUCCAAACCAGGGUGUCAGGUGGAAAUAUUAGUAUUAGGCUUCAUCUGAUGGGUGGUGCUGAGAAUGCUUUGACCUGGAUGAUCUUAAAGGUUUUACUUGUUCCAUGGAAUUCUCACAUUGGUUCAUGGAAGUUAAUUCUCCAUUAGAUUCAUGUAUUCAUUGCAUCCCUCCCAGUAAACUGGUCACCUGAGUGACCUAGCCUAAGCUCAAAUAGUCCACGUUUUUUGACCCUCUGGUGCAGCUGUUGCCUUGAGAUGUUUGUAAGGAAGACGGGACAUAUGAACAAACAAAAGAGGGAGAAAGCUAUUUUUGCUGUUGUUUUUUCUUUUACUUUUAAUUUAAAUAAGUCCCAAUGCCGGCAAAGCUUUUCUUCUGCCUUGUCAAAUCACAUUUGGUGAUCACUAUUGGAUUUUGUUUUUAUUAUUUCUUGUAUUUUUGUAAUGUAGAUACUACAUGUACCUUGCAUUUUAAUAAAAUCUGCCAACUGUGA